UAGUCCUCCCCCAUUCGGACUCAGACCUAGAGCAGCACAUGGAGACGACCACCCACUGUAUUCAGAUUACACAGAGAGAAGACAAAGAACCUCUACGCCACAUAGAGAGAGAGGAGACACAGACGAAGACAAAAGGCCAUCCAGUUUCACUCAGACACGCAGACAAACAGAGAAACCAACGCCAACCAGAUCCAAUAUGGUGUCAGCUGGGUUACAGAUGCUGGGCACGGCCCUGGGGGUCAUUGGCUGGAUCGGGACUAUCAUUGAAUGCGCCAUGCCCAUGUGGAGGGUCUCCGCCUUCAUUGACAGCAACAUCAUCACCUCUCAGGUCAUCUGGGAGGGUAUCUGGAUGAGAUGCGUGGUUCAGAGCACGGGCCAGAUGCAGUGUAAGAUCUAUGACUCCAUGUUGGCCUUACCUCAGGACCUUCAGGCUGCCAGAGCCAUGACUGUCAUCGCCAUCCUCUCCGGCAUCAUCGCCAUCCUAUUGGCUGUAGCCGGGGGAAAGUGCACCAACUGUGUGGAGGACGAGGCGUCCAAGGCUAAAGUGGGCGUGGCGUCUGGGGUGGUGUUCAUCAUUGCCGGGGUUCUAUGUCUGAUCCCUGUCUGCUGGACGGCCCACAGCAUCAUCCAGGACUUCUACAACCCGCACCUGCCAAGCGCUAAGAAGAGGGAGCUGGGGGGCGCGCUCUAUAUGGGUUGGGGGGCAGCUGCCAUGCUGCUGAUUGGAGGAGGCCUGCUCUGCUUCAACUGCCCCGAGAAGGACGAGGGAUCCUACACCGCCAGGUACAACAAGUCCCCUCGCUCUGAAACCUUGGGGCCAGCCUCUGUGAAAGACUACGUCUGAGAAAGGAAGAGAGGGAGAGAGAGAGAAGAAUGGAAGAGCAAGAGUGGAAGCGAAGAGAGCGAGGUCUGUCUGCCAUGGGAGACUGUCUGUCUGUAGCUGAGAUCCAGCUAAAUUGACUCUAUUCUGGCACUAUGGUGCUGCUGUAUUAGGAAGGUUUGAUAAUGAGGAUAUUUGAAGGUGAUGAGCAAAGAGGAGGACCACAGUGACUAAAGAGUCCACGGAAGUUACAGUUGAAAGUGAACCACAGCUGAAGCUAGGUAUAAAAUAUACUUUAGAACAAGAGGAUUCUAUCCCAUAAGUCUUUGCAUAAAUAUUGUCUGAACCUGUAUAUUCUCGACUUAGACCUGAAGAAGGAACUGAAUUCCUUAAAAACAACCCCAUGCAGUCUGCAACAUUGUCCUGGGCUGGUUUGGCUGUGCGUGUGUGCGUGCGUGCGUGCGUGCGUGUGUGUGUGUGUGUGUGUGUACACGUUAUUGUUAAUAUUGUCAUGUGUAGCUUUUCUUAAAGUGUAUGAGUUACAGUAGAUAGUUCUGAAACUGUAAAUAAA